GUAAGCCAGCUGAACUCUGACCAAAACAAACUCAAAAGGAAAAAUAUUUUGCUUGGACUGACCUUCAGACAGCUCUUUUCCAAAUGCCAAUGCGAUUAAACAAGAGGUGUGAAGAGAAACUGCUUAUUAGAUGGCUUGCAGCAGAGACUGGGCUUGUAGCGUAGCGGUAACUAGCUGUUAGCUAGAAUGCUAACGUUACCGUAGCUAACAGAAGCUACCGUUAGCUAACGGUCAGGUAAUGCCAGACGACCCAACUGCAGCCGUUGGGAGUAGAGGCUGCUGCUUCUGUUGCCUUAACUGUCAGCCCAGCAGUUUGAAACGGGCUUACCACCGUGUCAGGUAGCUAUUUAGGCUACACCGAGACACAUAACUAAUUUUCAACGUUGCCUUUUUGCUGCAUGGAAUAAUAACAACAAGAAUGGGGAUGUGCUUACCGUGCCUUGGCGGAGCAGCGGACGACGUUGUUGUCACUCCAGAUCCUGAGACAAGGAGACGACAAUUAGCUGAGGCCGCUGAGAAGCGACAAAAAGAGACAGCAUACAGGGGUGUUAAAAAUCCAGAAGCUGUCGAGAGGAAAAGGAAAAAACAGGAAGAGGCAGAGAAACAGGCGAUGACCACCUCUGUGUCUGGUGGCGGGGGGUUGAAGUGGCAGGUGGGAUGAAAACCCUGAAGGUAGAACCUGAAGUCUUGACUCUGAAGUCCAAAACGACGUGAAGUAUUGCUACGAGAUGACUUGAAAGAUGCCAGAACUGCUGUCCAUUUUCAACCCUUUUUUUUUGGCCUAUCUUAUGAUGAUUGCAUUUAUGAUGAAACAAACAGCAACUGUUGUCAAGCUUCAUGCUGAACAACCCAAAGUGAUUACAGACAGAACAUCAGGGCUAGUCCCCUUGUUGCCAAGUUACACAAGCUAGUUUGGACCUUUGGACAAGACAAGGAUGAUACACAGUAAUGUGCAAGCAAAUACAUGUACUACUGUAUUAGAUUUAUUUGGCAGUUGAUUUGACAGUCUAACUGUGACUAGCGUUGGAUAACACAGAAGAAUAUAAUUAUUAAGUCAUAGCUGUAUCUCUGGUGACCGUUGUCAUAUUAAGAUGAAUUGAUCUCAAUACACUUACAACAUAAGCUUCAUCACUACACUUUUCUUGUUGGUUUUCAUAAUCCAGAAUCAAUAUUCACUGUAUAUCUGUUAAUGGCCACAUUACUUUUUGUAUGACUUCUCCAAAAAUCCAGUGUGGAAAUGACACAUUUCAUGAGUUGAACACAAUUUAUGUUUACAAAAGAAAUUUAAGUGUGCUUAUUGUAGUAUUAGUGUAGAGUAAUAAGCAUCCGGUUACCACUCACGUUACCUUGUUCAGGACUCUAUCUGUUGACAACACACAGGCUAGUGCAAACAGUGCUAUAACUUGUUGGUAUUUUCUGAGCUUUUAAUUCACUUUGCCUGGCUCUUGGGUAUUUCUGUGACCACUGCAGUGUGCAUCCCACAUAGGAAUCCCUUGUUGAUGAGGAAGGCAAUGCGAGGUGUUGGUAUUUUGGGGAAAAAUCAGUCUCUGACAUUGUGUUGACAGUAUGACAGCCAGCUCUGUACUCGGUGCAGUGUUUAGUUGUCAAUUUGGGGAUUCAGUCUGUAAGCACAAAUUACAUACGUGACAAAAUGUGCAGCAGCUAUAGAACAGAGGUAAAUAAUGUAAAACAACACAUUCUCCAUCCAGUGAAAAGUGAAAGUAGUGAAUAUACAUUUAAUGAACUUGUGCACAUGACCUAUUGCACUUUGCACUGGCCUUUGCUAUUGUUCCUUUAAUAUAACCUUCUUUGGUCUUUCUCUGCACAAUUUCACAAUUGUUGUAUUUAUUAUAAUUUAUGCAAAAUACUAAUAUGAUGCCUGCUUAAUUAAAAAGAUAUACGAAAUGUGUUUAUGAAUUGCCAUAUGACAAACAGAAGCUUUUGUUAGACAUCUAUUUGCACACAGUUUGUCAAUAUUUGGUGAACAGCGAAUAGGCUUACAGUCUAUGUUCAUUCAUGUCAACUACAACACAGAUGUGAAGAAAUUGAAGGAAAGAAUACGUGAAGUGUGUAUGUUGUGAAAUUUUUACUUUUGACUUGCUUAAUUGAGUGCAUUUCUUACAGCCUUCUCUUGAUCCUUAAAUGCUUCCGGUGCUCUCACCGUUUUGUAGAUCAGGAAAGCCAAUGUUAUUUGCUACAAUAAAUCACAUUUCUGCUA